AUGAUGAAAGCCUUUUCCUAUGAAACUCCCACCGACGGUCUUCAGUUGAAAGACCUGUCUUUCCCGGAGCCCGAUGAUGAGAGCGUUCUCAUCGAGGUCAAGGCCGCAGGAAUAUGCCACUCAGAUUGUCACAUCGUCAGUGGCCAUGGAGACGACUACAUCGCCAAAAAGCCAAUCGUGCUCGGCCACGAAGUUGCGGGGCUGAUUAAAAAGCUCGGUCGAAACGUUUCUGGCUUCAAGAUCGGAGACGCUGUCACACUCGCGCUCCUGAUGCAUCCUGUCUCAGAGCGCAUCAACGGCGCAUACGUCGGGUUGAGCUUCGAUGGCGGUUAUGGUCAAUAUGUCGUCGCGCCACAAAAGAUCCUCGUUAAGAUACCUGAUGGUAUAUCUUUCGCACAAGCUGCUGUUGCGACAGACGCUUUGGCGACUUCUUAUCACGCUGUCGUCGGUGAAGCUGGCGCUAGGCCUGGAUUGACGAUGGGCAUUGUUGGUCUGGGCGGACUGGGUAUGCAUGGUCUGCAAUUUGCCGCCCUGAAAGAAUCUACCGUGUAUUGCUUCGAUGUCAAUGAGUACAAGUUUGUUCAAGCAAAAGCGUAUGGGGCCAAGGACUGCUUUGCAUCACUUGAUGAUGCAACUGAUGCUGGCGUAGCAUUUGACGUUAUUGUUGACUUUGUCGGCCACUCUACAACCACUUCAGCUGCGAUCAGGACUGUGAACCCAGGCGGUAGAGUCAUAACUGUUGGCCUUGCGUCAUCGGAUGUCACGAUUCCAUCAAACACGGGUUCGGGGUACAUCCUCAAAGGCCUCACUAUCGUUGGAUCCAUUGGUGCGUCAAUGCAGGACCUCAAGGAUGUUCUUGCGCUUUUGGCUGAGGGUAAAAUUAAGCCCGAGCUUACAGAGGUUGCUUUUGAGGAAAUACCAGAGACUAUUAAGCAGCUGGCAGAGGGAACUGUGGCUGGUCGAGUUUGGACGGACCCAAGCAAGACACUGUUUCAAUAG